AUGUCGUUCUUUUCUCGAGUCUUCCGGAGUAAAGACUCCACCGCGACCAAAAAACAAUCAAAACCCGUUGUCGCGACUGACCCCGUCCCCGCAAAGCCCAAAUGGACAGAUGCCUGGACACGAACAGAGGUGGCCCCCGAAGAAGUCCAGGAUUUGAUUCGAGGUUGUGCGCAGGAGUUAAAAGCUAGAGCUCUCGACACUCCAUUCUUGCUCCUGCCUUUCCGUCCUAGCUCCGAUCCGAGUGCCGCCCGUACUUUUGUGAGGAAUUAUUUCAACCAAUCCUUUGAUCAGGGGCGCCCUGUUAGUGGUGAUGGAUUGAUACAGGAGUUGCGACUCAAUGAGCCUAUGGUUCUGUGCAGUGUGUUAAAAUGGUGUUGGAGUCGAUUGCCCGGCGGUGUGGUUACAUGGGAAGCAUAUGAAUUAUUCAAGGUUGGCGAACAAGAUUCGGAUUUGGCCCGCGAUGCUUUCUCAACUUUUAUUCCUAUCAGUGUCGACUCCGAUGCUCGCACGAAGAUCAUUUUUGAUUUCUUCGACCUUUUGGCUGCCAUUGCCGCGCAUGGUAAAUCAAAUGGUCUCGGUGGUCGCAAGCUUUCUCGCUAUGCAGGUUGGUGGGCAUUUGACCACCACGACACCGGUAAUGGCUUUGAAGCCUCGUAUAAAAAUUGGGCCGCUGCCGCCGAUGCGACAAGCCACUUAUUCUUUGCUUACCUUCGUUCGUUAACCCCCGAUGUAUCCCGCGGUGUCACCGGUAUUUCGUCUCUGCCUAUUUCGCUCCAAACACUCGUCGAAGCAACCGAGUACCCACCGGAAACUCCAACGCUUCUUCAAGUUACCACCACUAAAGUUGUUAUGAUUGUUGAUACUGUCUCGCCUACACCUUUCUCUCUGCUGCGUCGCGCAAAGAACUUUGAAUACCGAGACGACCACUGGCAUCUUCAGGAAUUCGCCAACUACGAAGACCCUAUUAAAGCCCUGACGGACGAGUGCUUGCGUGUGUUGAAGUGUAUCUCCUCCACUAAUGAGUCUAGCGUAUCGAGCUCGAAACAGUCAACUAGCUUGCGGGAUGCUUCAUGGUCCCGAUUUGAGGACAUUGGAUUUGGUGGUGCCAUUGAAUCUGACCAGGAGGAUGAGGAGAAGAGACAACCCCCGUCUACUGCGAAGGAAGCUACCCCGAGCAUGUAUAAUGCGCCGCAAUCGCAAAAUGGAGAUCUGGGACGUCCUACCACCCCAUCCUGGGCGGACUUCAUGUCCUCUGGUUUCUCAGAGGAAGCCACCCUAAAGCACCAUGUUGGCCCCUUGCUCUUGCCCCCAGACAAGGUUUUGCCCCCUAUUGCUGCCACUCGUGGACAGAGCUCUCAGUCGCACAAACGUACCUUGGAUGCUGAGCCUUCGCUUGAGCCAGCUGAGCUUGCUAGCAUUAACUCCUUGGACUUGGAUGACUCCUUCUGGUGGGUUUGGAUUACCAGUUUGUCAGGCGAUGAGCCUUCAACCCGCAAGGCUGUGUUCGGACGAUGCGCCCUCGUUGAGACCGUUAUCCGCAAUACCAAAUGGUUGGUUCUUGAAGAGCAGGUUAAGGGAGCUGCUCCCGAGCCAGAGGCCGGUGCACAAAUCGUUGAGAAGAAGCGCUUUUUCAGCUUCGGUAGUCGUAAGGGAACAACUAAGCUUGGUCGCCGAAAGUCAUCUGCUAGAAAGGUGAACUCGGUCGAAGAUUCCUACAAGCGACCUAACAACCAAGCUCCACAGAGCAAGACCAGUAUUGGGCCUGAUCAACAUAAGCGAAUCCAGGCUGCGGCAGCUGCCCUUCAGAAGAGACAACGCGAACAGGAGGCCGAGGCGAAUUACCCCGGGCCCAACGCACGCGCUGAUGCCCGCUCGACUAAGACUAACUCGGUCAUGACUCUUCAGCCUGCUAUUGUGAAUGAGGCUUCCUCGGCUAUGAAGUGGGCUAGCAACUAUGAUAAGAAUGCUUUCCGCUCUGCUUAUCUGAGGGAUACCCGUGCUGGAACUGGUGCUGUUUCUGAGGAUGGUACCGCUACCGAGCCCGCUUCUGAGUCUGUGGCAGAAAAGAAGACAGAGGCUCCUCUUGCUCCUCUUCCUCCUAGUACGACAAAGAAUGCGCCCCCUCCACCUCCUAAGGAUACCGCUGCGGAUGUAACUCCCCUGCCACCAUCGCCUGAGCCUGCUAAGAAGACUUUGGAGAAGAUUGAUCUUGAGGAGGACAAGGAGAAUGUCAAGCUUCCCGAGGCCAUCCUUGUUGAGCAGCCCACUGGGCUUGAGGUUCCACAACAGCUAGCCGAGGAAAGCAACAAGAAGCCCAAGAAGAAGGCCGGUAACACCGGCUUCAAGAGCAUGUUUGGAACUAGCAAGAAGAACAAGGAUCAGCAGGCCCAGGCACAAGCUCCUAUCAAGACUCCUACUAAGGAAACCUCCUCCAACUCAGCAGUUGCAGCUGCCCGUGCUGCCCUCGAAGCAAAGGCAAAGGCAGCCAAUGAAAUUCCUCCUAAGAGCUCACCUCCCAAGGCAGCACUGAAGAAGAAGCCCGUCCCAGGAACACAGACACCCGUGUCCAAGCCUUCCACUCCAGCUCAAGAGCCCGAGAAGUCAGCUACACCCCAGACACAGCAGACCGAAGAGCAGCAGGAGCAGGAGCAGGAGCAGGAGCAGGAGCAGGAGCAGGAGCAAGAAGCUCCCCGGCAACCCACUCAGAUUGUCGGAAGCGGCAGCCCACCCCAGACCCGCCGUGGCGUUGAAUACGACGCCCUGUCGCGCGUGGACACAAACGAACGUGAUGCCGCAGACCAAGAGUUCUCCAAAUUCGACCAAGGUCCCUUGAUGGACCAGCCUGCCUUUGUCCCCGAGGAAGAUGGUCCAGUUACUCCCAAUCCUGCGACAGAGCCUGAAAUUGAAGUCGAAGUUCCUCGCACCCCGACAAACGGCCACGAGGAGAAGGUCGAGAAUAUCAGCCCUGUAAAUGAGACUAGUCCUCAAAACUCUUCUACGGAUCGAUGGGCGCAGAUCCGCGAGAACGCAGCUAAGCGUGUUGCUGAGGAACCCGAGACUCGCACUAGCCAGUCAGAGCGUACUGAUGAGGGAGACACCAGCGGUGAAGAAACUAUCGAAGCUCGUGUCGCUCGUAUCAAGGCUCGCGUCGCAGAACUCACCGGUAACACCGAGGGUGCUCGCUAA